AUGCAGAGCCUCCCCCACCUUGACUGUCAGUCUGUACCCUCCUGGGUCCCAGCAGCAGUAGGAGGAGGAGGAGGAGUAGGAGGAACAGGAGGAGGAGGAGGGGGGGGGGAGUGGAGUACAGCGGCCGUGUCCUCCUCGUUGGGCUGCUGCCGCCGGCGUCUGUUAGGCAGCACUGGGCGCUACGUCCUCCAGCACACACCACACGGCUCACCAGAGGAGACAGAGGCUCUUUGGGAGCCCGGACUAGGACCAGGACAGGGACACACAGUCAGACACACGGCAGCAGCCAUGGAAGUGGAGGAAGGGAGCCGCGGUCCGGGAGGAGGGAUAGGGCCAGGAGAUGUAACGGUCCACAAGACCAAGAGAGGGGAGCGGAAGAGGCAGGAGCUACUGGCCUUAGCCCUGGGGGUCAAGUUGGGGAGCAGGGGAACGUUACUCUGGAAGCCUCUAAAACUGUUGGCUUCCUGUCCGCAGAUCACCACGUCUCCUCUGGUACGGCACAGCACCCUGAAAGACUGCCCCUCCGAGAAGCAGAGCUCCUACGACAAGGUCCACAACUUCAAGGUGAGCCGGUUUGUUUGAUUUAACCUUUUUAAAGGAGGAUGUGGUGAGGUACUGGGAAGGAGGGAGGGAGGGGGCGAGAGUUGACUGCAUUAGGACCUGUAGGAGGGCUGCCUCUCUGUAGAUUCUCUGUUCAAAGCUCUGUUUGAAGCUCUUUUACCUCAGGAAAUGAUUCUGCUCCUACAGGCAGCGCUGCUUGUCCAUGCAGGGUCUGUGAGAUAAGUUCUGUCAGGUUGAUCUGAAACUUAAAAGCAAUGUCCCUCAAAGUGACAAAGUAACCGACUCUUUGUAUUUGCCUAGUGAGCUGCCUGCUUGUCGCUAGACUGGCUACCGUUAGAUACCGUUAUAACACCGAGAGACUGAUGAUAUUAUUCAUAAUCAUGUGCUUUCAUGAUGAAAGAUGUCUUGUGGGCACGUCCAGCUGUCAGCCAUAUGUCUAAAUCUAUCGACUGAGCUAAAUGGAUAUGGCGUAUGUUUUAACCCAUUGACGGCUGUGAACAUUGUCUGAUUUUUGAGCACUUUAACCUCUUUGUUUCAUAAUAAUAUGCCAUUUAGCAGACGCUUUUAUCCAAAGCGACUUACAGUCAUGUGUGCAUACAUUUUUACGUAUGGGUGGUCCCGGGGAUCGAACCCACUACCCUGGCGUUACAAGCGCCAUGCUCUACCAAUUGAGCUACAGAGGACCACAUGCUCAUGCUGUUGAUUUUCUAAAACAGAAAUACAGUUGUAACAUUUUGAAUACAAUCAAUGAUUCUGCUCUUGAGAGAGAGAGAGAGAGAGAACACAACAGUAGGACAGGUGACCUAACCUGCCCUGGGUCUUACUCACCUACAGAAAUACAAUGAAUGAAAGUAUUCACAGAUCUUGUCUGUUUGCGGAUAUGUGUGUGUGAUUUUAGAGAGUUACAAUGUUUGUUUAGUGAGAGCGAGAAGGUGUGUGUGUGAUUUUAGAGAGUUACAAUGUUUGUUUAGUGAGAGCGAGAAGGUGUGGUGUCUCUUCCAGACUCUAAUCUAUUGCUGUGAUGUCUCACCCUUCCAUAGGUUCAUACGUUCCGAGGGCCUCACUGGUGCGAGUAUUGUGCCAACUUCAUGUGGGGUCUCAUAGCCCAAGGGGUCCGUUGCUCAGGUAACCUGCUCUUCCAUUCAUAUAUCCCAACACUGCUCACUGCUCACCUAGCUACCAUCAGCUGGGAGUGUAAUCAAACACUAACCUGGGAGUGUAAUCAAACACUGACCUGGGAGUGUAAUCAAACACUGACCUUUCAUGGGUACUUCAUCACAUUAGGGCACCGUCCCAAAUGUCACCCUAUUCCCUAUGUAGUCCACGUGUGUAGGGCUCAUAGGGCUCUGAUCAAAAGUUAUGCACUAUAUAGUGAAUAGGAUGCCAUUUGGGAUGAAAGCCUAAAGAAAAAUAAAUAAAUAACUCCAAUCCCUGAUCAGAACUAGGUGUCCUGUUAACAUCCCUCUGGGCAGAAAUGUAUUAAGUCAACAUUUUCAACAAAUCAUCCAUGUAACCAGGUUCCGUCUCAUUUUAUCCCAAAUCAACGAUACGAUUUCCAAGUUUGAUUUAUUUCAAGAAUUCACGUUUGCUGACAACUCGAUCAAAAAUCAAUCAAAUUGGACAACUGAUUGGACGUCUUUGUCCGGUUGGGUUGCAUGUCAUAUGACUAAUUGUAACACAUGAGAUGUCAAACUUGAAAUGCUUAACAAUUAAUUUAUUUUUAAACACUAUGACAAUAAAAAGGGUAUUACAAUAUUACGUCCAAGCCUGGAUCAUGUCAUGGAAUGUAUAGUCUAGUAAAUUUGGUCAGUUCCAUGUAAAUAACUGGUUGGAGGCGGCCUGUGAAAUGUGGUAAUUUAGCAUUCCUCAGUGACACCUGGGACAAACCAGUUCCCUCUGCAACUAUGGCUGUCAACUAUUUAUAAACAAGACAGACGCACACAGAGAGCUCAAAAGGUACGUCAACGGGACACACCCAGUCAAGCAAAGACAUCCAAACACUGUAUCCACAAAACUGCAACUGCAACCAGGCUGUCUGGCCGUGCUGUCUGGCCGUGCUGUCUGGCCGUGCUGUCUGGCCGUGCUGUCUGGCCGUGCUGUCUGGCCGUGCUGUCAUGCUUUCUUGAUCUCUUUGUAAUGGAGAUCCUUUUAAUGACUGGUUUUAAUCCCUGUUUCAGUGCUUCAGUACAUGGGAAAAUAUCUCAAUACUGUAUCAUUCCAAUCCUGAAGUUAAAUUGAGUGAAAAGGGACACAUUAACAGUAGCUGUCCUUGGAGCUUCCUGCGAGAUAAAAGGAUGUAAUAUUUAGGGUUGCAAAGAUUCCGCUAAAUUACCUAAAUUACCGGAAUCUUUGGUAAUUUAGGUAAUUAUCAUUAACUUUGGUAAUUUACACUUGAACAUUUAAAAAAAAUAUAUAUAUAUUAUAUAAAUGUUUUAUAUCUCUGUCCAUUAGUUUCUAGUGGAUAGACCAUAUCGUUGAAGAGAAAAUAGCCUAAUUUAAUGCUAAAAGCAUCUAAUCAACAAUGGCAUUAUUUUCAGUUAACCUCUGCAACUCUUCCAACUAUUGACUCUGCAACUCAUCCAACUAUUUAAUGGUACCAAUGGUAUUCACUAAGUUGCUGGUUUAUAUUUAGGAUAAUGUUUUACAGCGUUGUCAUUGUAUUUUUUCACUUUCAAAUCCUCUUAUUUGAUUAUUUUAUAUGUUUUACAUGUAAUAAGUCCACACAGAGGGCCAGAGAUAAUUACAGAUACCUGUGAUAAUCUGAAGUACCCAAAAAGGGCCACUAGAUGUCUUGUGAUAAAAUAAAAACUUGAAAGUUACCAAACUUCUGGUAGUGUACUGGUAAACGUAGAAAGUUUCCAGUAAUUUAACCGCCCUUUGCAACCCUAGUAAUAUUGAUCAAGAGCCCACUCCACCUAAUGAUUCCACUGAUAAUUUCUGUGCUAAUCAAUAAUGUUGUAUCCUAAUGAACUUGUUGAAAUGUUUGUUGGCUGAAUAACCGAUCAGACUGGUCCAGUGAAUUAUAGGGUUCAUACACACAAUAAAAAUACAUUACAGACAUUUACAAUUUAGCAAGACUGUAGCACAAUUGACGAUAGUAGACAUUACAAACAUUUAACAAGUAGACAAGUAGAUUUGGAAAGUCCCUAAACACUCUGCGAUAGACACAGGGUUCUAUUAUUGCCUGGACACAAUCCUGACAUGGAUGUGUUUAACGGAGGACUAACUCUGCUGUUUUCGCUGUAGACAGAUGGUUUGUUGUUCAGUUAUUAGCCAUGCUUAUAAGCCCCAGGCAAACACUGGUGUCAUCAGACAGCCCUGUGCCCUAUGGUAAUCAGGAGAGAUUUAUUUAGUACUUCCAGUUCUCUCUGAAGCAGUCCUUCUCUAACACACAGAGAUACACAACUGAUGAUUGUCUUUCUAUCCUCAUUGUUUCUCUCUCCUCCCUCUCUCUCUCUCUCUCUCUCUCUCUGUUCUCUCUCUCUUUCUCUCUGUUCUCUCUCUCUUCCUUCUUAUCUGGCAUGUUUAGCUUGUCCUCUUCCUCCCUCUCCCCAUCUCCCUCUGUCUCUCUCUCUCCAUCUUUAUCUGUUUCUGUCUGUCAGUCUCCCUUUGUCUCUCUCUCUCUCCAUCUUUAUCUGUUUCUGUCUGUCAGUCUCCCUUUGUCUCUCUCUCUCUUCAAUCUCUCUGUGUCUCAGCGUCUGAGAAUAAGGAACCCCGGUCAGCAGAGCAGUAAUAAUGCUGGGUACUUGUUGGUAGUAAAAACGCCACUACCAGUGAUGAAUGAUUCAGCUGGAUGUUCUUAUUGAGUCAGGGAGACUCCCAAGGACAGUAAAGGCAGGCAGAGCAACUUCAACCUAGGCUACAUUCCUGUGGCAUCUCCCAGAGAGGCAGCUUGUUCUAUCUUUCUCACGGUGUGUGUGUGUGCGUGUGCAGGCCAGUGAUGCCGCACAAAGAGGCAUUCCCUUCCACCACAAUGUGUUCCGCUCUCUUGCCACCAGCUGUCCAAGACCCUCUGCGUGACUAGAACCACAACACUGACCAACAGCCAAGACAAGACACCCCCCUGGGGACAGAUAGACUGUGACGUGGCCCACCAUGGCAUAUUGAAACAGCCUGGUCUUACCCUAGCUGGCUGAGCUGGCUGGGCUUUCUCUCUGAGAUUGGGGUUGAUCACUGUACUAAUUGUUACCUCUAACCACUCUGUAUUGUGUUACAGUCUUACAUGUUGUUUUAGAAGAAGUCGACCAUAAUCAUAUAAGAUUAGAAGAUUUGAAUAAAUCCUUUCCGUAUGGGUGAGUAUUUUAACACUGACUGACUACCUCUCUGACCUGUGGUUUCCAGACUGUGGGCUGAAUGUACACAAGCAGUGCUCCAAGCUGGUGCCCAGCGACUGCCAGCCAGACCUGCGCAGGAUUAAGAAGGUGUUCAGCUGUGACCUCACUACCCUGGUCAAGGCCCACAACACCACACGGCCCAUGGUGGUGGACAUGUGUAUCAAGGAGAUAGAACUACGAGGUACAGAUCCGUUUACCAGCCAUUCAGGUUCAUUCAGUUUAGAAUGUUUCUGGGACAUUUAAGCCGGGUUCACCCUGCAUGUUGUUAGCCAAGGGCUAAGCUGAAAGAAUAUUCAACUUCAAGGUGAAAAUGGAUGUCUGUGAUUGGUCCUGAAAAAAAAAAUAGAUUUGUAGAGAGUACAGGAAGUAGAGUUAACCGACUCUCUGUGUUACUGCUUGCAGGUCUGCAGUCUGAGGGCCUCUACAGAGUGUCUGGCUUCUCAGAACACAUUGAGGAUGUGAGGCUCUCCUUUGACCGAGGUUUGUGUUAAAUUCAUUUCCUUUGCCUCUGGGCUAAGGUCUGGUUUAAGGUUAUAUGAGACAUGAAAGUCCAUAGGUUCAAAUGAAAAGCACAGGAGAGCCGUAUCAGACCGCAGGAUGUCGUUAUGUGCGGUGUAAAGGGCAUAUAUAUGUUGCAUUGUGGGAAUUGUAGUGAAUAUACUGCAGUCUGGUCGGUACAUAACGUGUCCUGUGUGUCAUCUCUGCAGAUGGCGAGAAGGCAGACAUCAGUGCCAAUGUGUACAAUGACAUCAACAUCAUCGCUGGAGCUCUGAAGCUCUAUCUGAGAGACCUGCCCAUUCCAGUCAUCACAUUCCACGUGUACUCCAGAUUCAUACAAGCUGCAAGUACGUACUCCCAUACUUAUUCCCACAAUUAGCUCAAUGCACCCUGGGUCUCCAGCGCAAUGACUGAUAGCGCACUGAGCGAAAGGCUAGGCAAUAGCUUGGGGAGCUAACGAAAAUCUUCAGGUCUUAGGCGCGGUUAUUUAUCAGGUGAAUGUAACUAAUAGUAAGUAACACUUCCUCUGGUAGAAAUUCCCAACCCAGACACCAGACUGGAGGCCAUCCACGAGGGGCUGCUGCAGCUCCCGCCAGCCCACUACGAGACCCUACGCUACCUGAUGAUGCAUCUCAAGAAGUGAGGAUACACACACACACACACACACACACACACACACACACACUUAAUCUGCUCUUCAUGGGGUUGAAUCAGUGAUGUAGUCUUAUAAAUAUACAGUUGAAGUCGGAAGUUUACAUACACUUAGGUUGGAGUCAUUAAAACUUGUUUUUCAACCACUGCACAAAUUUCUUGUUAACAGACUAGUUUUGGCAAGUCGGUUAGGACAUCUACUUUGUGCAUGAAACAAGUCAUUUUUCCAACAAUUGUUUACAGACAGAUUAUUUCACUUAAAAUUCACUAUCACAAUUCCAGUGGGUCAGAAGUUUACAUACACUAAGUUGACUGUUCCUUUAAACAGCUUGGAAAAUUCCAGAAAAUGAUGUCAUGGCUUUAGAAGCUUCUGAUAGGCUAAUUUACAUAAUUUUAGUCAAUUGGAGGUGUACCUGUGGAUGUAUUUCAAGGCCUACCUUCAAACUCAGUGCCUCUUUGCUUGACAUCAUGGGAAAAUCAAAAGAAAUCAGCCAAGACCUCAGGCAAUUGUAGACUCCACAAGUCUGGUUCAUCCUUUGGAGCAAUUUCCAAAUGCCUGAAGGUACCACGUUUAUCUGUACAAACAACAGUACGCAAGUAUAAACACCAUGGGACCACACAGCCGUCAUACCGCUCAGGAAGGAGACGCGUUCUGUCUCCUAGAGAGGAACGUACUUUGGUGUGAAAAGUGCAAAUCAAUCCCAGAACAACAGCAAAGGACCUUGUGAAGAUGCUGGAGGAAACAGGUACAAAAGUAUCUAUAUCCACAGUAAAACGAGUCCUAUAUAGACAUAACCUGAAAGGCCACUCAGCAAGGAAGAAGCCACUGCUCCAAAACCGCCAUAAAAUAGCCAGACUACGGUUUGCAACUGCACAUGGGGACAAAGAUCGUACUUUUUGGAGAAAUGUCCUCUGGUCUGAUGAAACAAAAAUAGAACUGUUUGGCCAUAAUGACCAUUGUUAUGUUUGGAGGUAAACGGGGGAUGCUUGCAAGCCGAAGAACACCAUCCCAACCGUGAAGCACAGGGGUGGCAGCAUCAUGCUGUGGGUUGCUUUGCUGCAGGAGGGACUGGUGCACUUCACAAAAUAGAUGGCAUCAUGAGGAAGGAAAAUUAUGUGGAUAUAUUGAAGCAACAUCUUAAGACCUCAGUCAGGAAGUUAAAGCUUGGUCGCAAAUGGGUCUUCCAAAUGGACAAUGACCCCAAGCAUACUUCCAAAGUUGUGGCAAAAUGACUUAAGGACAACAAUGUCAAGGUAUUGGAGUGGCCAUCACAAAGCCCUGACCUCAAUCCAAUAGAAAAUGUGUGGGCAGAACUGAAAAAGCGUGUGCGAGCAAGGAGGCCUACAAACCUGACUCAGUUACACCAGCUCUGUCAGGAGGAAUGGGCCAAAAUUCACCCAACUAAUUGUGGGAAGCUUGUCGAAGGCUACCCGAAACGUUUGACCCAAGUUAAACAAUUUAAAGGCAAUGCUACCAAAUACUAAUUGAGUGUAUGUAAACUUCUGACCCACUGGGAAUGUGAUGAAAGAAAUAAAAGCUGAAAUAAAUCAUUCUCUCUACUAUUAUUCUGACAUUUUCACAUUCAUCCAAACUGACCUAAGACAGGGAAUUUCUACUAGGAUUAAAUGUCAGGAAUUGUGAAAAACUGAGUUUAAAUGUAUUUGGCGAAGGUGUACGGAAACUUCCGUCUUCAGCUGUACAUGUAAUGUUGUUGUUUCUCACCUUUCUGAACGAUGUAAUAAUGAUCUUUCUCUCAGGGUCACCAUGUUUGAAAAAUACAAUUUCAUGAAUUCUGAGAACCUGGGGAUUGUGUUUGGUCCGACGUUAAUGCAGCCACCUGAACAGAACGCCCUGGCCACUCUGAACGACAUGAGGCAUCAGAAACUCAUCAUACAGCUCCUGAUAGAACAUGAAGACGUCUUGUUUUGAAGGACUGGAGCCCUGUCUGUUGCUGGGAAGGAAUAUUACUUUUUAUUUAUUCCCAUACCAGAGGAAUCUCAAGCCAUCAUAUGUCUGUCAUCAUAUGAAGUGUAAAAAUUCCAAAAUGUUUCUUCUCUCCUAUAAGCAUGACUGUUUCAGUUGUAGUUGAGUCUGUGGUACGUCAGUUAGACAUCAUGUCUUGUUACAUUAAGGUCAAAGGCCAUAUUCUCCUUAAGAGGAACAAGGUAUUGGAUACAUCCCAAAUGGCACCCUAUU